AUGGACGAUGACGACGACGACGACGACGACAGUUAUGAUCAUGACGAUGAUGAUGAUGAUGAUUAUGCAUCAAUACGACAUCGAUACGACAGAACCACGCGAAAAACUUCAACAUUGUCGAUUCCCAAUAAAAUUGACCAAAUUCAGAAGAAGUUAAAAGAAUCUUUAACAAAUAUUGCGCACACAUUUCAACAAGGAAUCUGUGCUGAUAUGAUUUUAAAUGAAACUGUGCGUGAGAGAUAUAUCUCAAAAACCUUAACCGGGCGCGUCCAACCUGUCGGAACAUUUGACACAACUCAAAUGGCUGUAGAAUAUUUAUAUGGUCUUCUAUGUGCUAUACCAAAUCUACCGGAAAGAACUAACUUAUACAAAACAGUGGAUAUCUUAGAAUUAACAUAUGAUCCAAAAUUUUAUCGAACUUCAGCCAAGUUUCAAGUCAAUUUAACAUCAAACAAGACACUAAUCUUUUUCGCAAUCAUCGCGUUUGACGAAAAUUUCAAAUUAUGUGGAUACGAAGCUGUCAUUCAGAACGUUGGUUUAACACUGGAUUUUCCGAUAGAACAAAGGACAUCUAUUAUAAACAACAUCUGUCAACUAGUACAAGUCAUAUGUCCUGUGGGCUCAUCGAAUCAUCAGUAUGCAAACUUAAUUGACUGUCUUUCAUUUCUUAAUGAAUCACAAACUCCAUUCGGAACGUUUGAUCGAGCUGAUCAAAACAACGUUGUUUGUCGAUUAAAUCAUAUUCAAUUAGCAUCGAUAAGUCCUGAUAUUCAUUGUCUACAUGUGGGAAAAACUGGUGGAGGUGCAUGUGUAAACAAAACGUCCGAAUCAUAUUUUCAAGGAACAUCGGACUUCACAACUUGUGCCUAUCAAUUCCGAAAAUAA